AGUAAAAACAAUGAGGCAGAGGAGCAAUACAGACAACAUCUGUGUCACUGUAUGCAUCUUUCUGUCACUGCAUCACUGUGCUGAAGAACGACAAGAACUUUCAGGACACCGAGACCUUUCAAGGAACUCAAGAUGAAAACCCGGACAUUUCUCACGUUAAUUCUUCUGCUGAUGCGUCAAAGCUUCUCACUCUGCAGACCACAGUGUCACAUCUGUGAGCAAACAAUGUGGAACUGCUCGAGACAAAACCUGAGGGAAGUCCCUGUAGCCCCCUCAGUGCUCAUCACUGAACUCGACCUCUCAUUCAACAGACUGGAGACAAUAAUGAAAGAUGACUUUCUUGCUUAUGGCGGUUUGAGGUCUUUGAUCCUGACUCGCAACAAAAUCAAAACAAUCCAUGAGCUAGCAUUUGACCCGCUGAUUGAUUUGGAGAAACUGGACCUGUCCUUAAACCAACUGAACACGUUGUGUUCCAGAUGGUUUAAGAACCUUUGUUCCCUUCAGUACUUGAAUCUUUUGGGAAACAAUUAUAAAACAUUAGGCCAAGGCAAUCUGUUCCAGCCUCUGAAGAAAUUAAAGACCCUGUAUUUUGGAGGACUUUACCUUCGGUCAGUCAGAAAAGGUGAUUUUUCAGGGCUUAGAGGUCUUGAAGAGCUGUUUAUUGAUGGGAAAAAACUACAGGACUAUGCACAAGGAAGUUUGAGGCAAAUUGGGCCCAUUAGCCAGGUGACCCUUGGUCUGAAUGGUCCAUUUAUGAUGAAUCUAACACUUGUAGAAGUCUUACUGUCUGAUGUUGUACACCCAAACACAACGCUGACUUUCACUGACACCUGGUUCUUCUCAGUGUAUCAAAUGCUGCCAUUUAAAGUGGUUUACACUGGUGGUACUACAGGUCUUGCUUUUAAAAAUGUUAACAUCACAAUUUCAGCUGGUGCUGCACUUCUACAUCACUUGUCAGACUCCAGUGUAACUAUGUUGACAGUUGAAGAUACAAAUUUCCAGCUACGGUCUCUGGACCCCGUUAUGUCAGUCCCAGACAUGGACCAUUUGCAGUCUGUCGUCGUAAAAAACGUGAAUGUUCCUCAGUUCUACAGUUUUCCAGCCCUCCUUGUCAUGCAUCCACUAUUGAAAGUGGCGCGAAGGUUUACUGUGCUGAACUCCAAGUUUUUUGCCCUUCCCUGUCAAUCCUCUGCUCUCUUCUCAAAGCCGGAGUACAUAGACAUCAGUGGCAACAUUUUGAGUGACUUUGCGCUGAGCGAAAUGAUGUGUUACGGCAAAGGUGUCCUUUGGAAUCUGCAAACCAUCAACGUCAGCAGGAAUCACCUGCUGUCAAUCAACAGCCAGCUCUUCACCAAACUAAACAAGCUUGAAAACAUUGACAUGAGUGGUAAUGCGUUUCACAGUAUGCCUGAGACUUGUAACUGGCCACUGAGUCUCAGGUUCUUAAACCUUUCGUCAGCACAUUUAACAAGGGUGACCUCUUGUCUGCCGCAAAGUUUACGCAUCCUUGACCUGUCGAACAAUGACUUUACUGUGUUCAACAUCGAACUACCUUUUCUCAGAGAGUUAUACAUCUCUGGCAACAAGAUCGGUAGUUUGCCUGAUGGUGGUUUAUAUCCUCGUCUUGUAUCUCUCUCCAUUCGAAACAACAACUUACAGACAUUCAGCGAUAAUAAUCUAAAUGAUUAUAAUAAUCUGAAGAGUCUGGAGGCUGCUUAUAACACAUACGUCUGUUCAUGUGAUUUUGUAGCGUUCAUGACAAGUGACUUGACGAAACAUCGAGUCAGAAUUAGAGAUGAUCUCAAGUCGUACAUCUGUGACUCCCCCGACACUGCGAGAGGACAGAGUGUAGCAGACGUGAGCUUGUCGGUGUUUGAGUGCCACAAGGUUUUAUCUUCUUCUUUACUCUGCUCAGGCAUCCUGGCAGUGUUUCUGCUCAUUGCAGGUUUGUGUCACAAGUUCAGUGUUGUGUGGUAUAUGAGGAUGACCUGGACCUGGCUGAGAGCUAAAAGGAAACCAAAGUUAAAAGAGGGAGAGCUUGAGUAUGACGCCUUUGUGUCCUACAGCGAGAUGGACUCUGGUUGGGUGGAGGCGCAUCUGGUCCCGGAGCUCGAGCAAUCUGAGCCUCCCCUCCGACUCUGCCUCCACAAAAGAGAUUUUGUUCCUGGAGGAUGGAUUGUAGAUAACAUCAUGGAUGCCAUUGAGAGGAGUCACAAGACACUCUUCAUCCUUUCUCAGCAUUUUGUCAGGAGCGAAUGGUGCAAGUACGAGCUGGACUACACCCAUUUUAGACUGUUUGAACAAAAUGACGACAGAGUUGUGCUGAUUCUGUUGGAGCCCAUUGAUAAGAAGGCCAUCCCCAAAAAGUUCUGUAAGCUGCGGAGAGUCAUGAACUCCAGGACGUACUUGGAGUGGCCCGGCGAUGACGACCAGAUCGCCAGGUUCUGGCAGAGUUUGAGGACAGCUAUUGAAAGACCUGUGACUGAUGAUGGCAGUUUAAUCGAUUUCACUGGUAAUUUGAUCAUUUGAAUUCCAUUUUUUUCCCCUAUACAUAUGUAACCUUUGAAAGCAUCACUUUCUCGUUAAAAUGUCUGUGGUCAGAAAUCUUCCUCUGUAUUUGUCAUGUCCAUCCAUUGUUUCUUCAAACUUUGGGAUGGUACAGCUGAAAAGUGGAACAACAACAGCAUUGCUUUAAAGUAAAACAAAACCUUGUCAGCAAACUCAAAAAAAACCCAAAACAAAACAGAGCAAAAACAUGCAAAUAGAGCAAAUUAAGCAGUUGCAUCAGGUUUUAAUUGUCAGGGAUCAAACUAUGAAGGCUCAUCUAAAAGUUAGAAAUUACGUCGAUCUGUUGUUGCACAGUGUGGUGCAACACAACAGGUUGGAUUCACUGUUUUCUUUCUAUCAGUUAAACAUAGUGCUAAUGUCAAAAAUAGCGAGUAAGUCACAGAACACAACAGAUGAUUUACUGUUCAAGACGGUUGAAUAUAACAUUUUCCUUGUAAACUGAUUUUGUAAAUAUGCACUACCAGUCAUGUGAAAAGGAGCUGA